AAACAUAUGCUUUUUUUAAUGUUUUUAAAAUAAGUUAAAAAAGAAAACAACGUGCAAUUAAAAAUAAAUAAAAUGAUUUCGACGCCAAAUAAAACGUUGGAAACCAGUCUCAAUGAAAAGUUAACACCUGUAAGAUUUCUUGAUAGCCCUAAAACUAGAGCCAUUUCCUCUGAUUCCAACUUUACGGUCUGUAAAACACGUUUAGAUGUUAUCAUAAAAACUUUACAGGAUAACUACGACAAAUGGCAACUGGCACAAAAGCGUGGACUUUCUUUAUGUAGUUCUAUUGAAGCAAUAAAAACGCGGUCUUUAUCAACUGCAAAUCAAGCAGCAACGAACGAUCAUACUCAAUAUCCACAAGAACUACAAACCUAUUGCGAUAAAUUGGCCAUAAUUACAUCUAUUUUUCACGAUAUAACUACUAAUGCUAAAGAAUCCAUUAGACAGUUGCGGUCCUUAAGCAAGUUACCCGGUAGCUGCAAUGAGACUUUUUAUCGCUCAUGGCAAAUAACAAAUUUUAUCAAAUUUGCGGAACAAUUAUAUAAUCAUUACGUUGAGGAAACAAAAGUGAAACAACGUGUUAUGGAAAAUAUUGCACACUGCACAACUAGAGUACAACUUAUACAAACCUGCAGCUCUUGGGAAUAUCCCCAGCAUGUGGAUGAUUUUAUUAGUCUAAUGUUUUUAUUUUUAAAACAAGAAGUGAAUGUGGCUAAAUGACAAUUUCAUGUAUAUCAAUAGCACCGAUUUUAUUAAUUUGUGUAACAACCAAUUGUGAUUAUUAGAUCAAUAU